ACUAACCCAUCCUGUUUUGUGAUUUUGUGAUCGGUACAUCUCCGUUCGUUCAAACCGAAACUGAGAAUAUAAUUUGGAAYGGUAAGAGAAGCAUGAACUGUAAAUGAGUAUGUAGACGAGUUGCAUGGAUUAUCGACCUGAAGGCGAAAGGUACAAUCAAUGAAAGGCUACCAGUAACUUCCGACGAGUAAAAAUGAAAUGCAGGGACUGAAACAGAUGUAUAUAUGUUUAGAUGUGGGUUGAAAUUGAUGAACAAAUCCAAAGACUCAUAUUAUCUUUUGUUUUCAAUUCUUUUCUGUGCGAUUCACUGCUUCGUUCUGACGAAAACGCUUUGAAACAAUAUUUUCAAAUAAUCCAGAUGGCCGAAGAGCAACAGAACGUUCAAUACUUCGAUGCCAAGUAUUUGGACCCCAAGUUCCCCAUCGUCAAAGCAGACCCUACGGUCGACGAUGUCGUGAAGGGAAUGAGGACUAGUGAUUAUCUAUUUGUGUCAGGCGUUAUGGCAGGRACCUACGCCUACGGAUUUCUGCUGGGCAAGCCCGUCCGUGGUCCCACCGCCGUUAUGUGCGCGUCCGCUGGCUUUACCUUUGCCAUGUUCCACACCAUGCAAUCGGUGCGAUCUCGAUUCCUGGGAUACCGCGAAAACGACCGUGAGGUCCGAAAGUACGGACUGGCUCCCUUACAACCACGACGAAUGGAGAUCUACGACAAGCGAAAUCCGGUACGCCAAGCUAUGUUGACAAAGCCCGCCAUCAACUGGGACACUUAUUCCUAGAGCRAAAAGCGAUUCAUCGAUAAUUUCCUUUAAAACGAAAUCAACUUCUCUUUUGCACUUCCGUKUAUGAUAAUAGCAACAUAAAGAGUAAUCUAUUUCCGAAUUGCAAGUAAUUCAAUGUGUGAAUCUCCUCAAGAGACAUUAUGGCAGCGCGUAAACAAAUAAUAAAGAAACGGUGGA